AUUUACAACAAAGAGGAAUAGUGGCUAAUGUGGCUAAUUUAGAUAAUUUUUACCAACUGGAAUUUGAACCAAAAAAAAAGGUGGUUUAUUUAGGGAUAGAUUGCACGGGAGAAAGACUUCAUAUUGGACAUUUAUUUUUACUCGUUCAGACUAUUCGUUUUGCCAAAGAAGGUUUUCAAAUUCUCCUGGUUUUAGGCGGAGCCACCAGUAAAAUCGGUGACCCAAGUGAUAAAAAUGAGGAACGACCGCUACUGGCGAUCGAAAAAAUUGAGAAUUAUCAGGCCAAAAUAAAAGCGCAAAUAGAAAGAAUAUUAAUUAAGCCCAAAAAGAAAGAAAAAAAUGACCUUGCCCCUCUCGAACAAUUUUACGCUGAUAACCCAAAAUUACUAAAGGAUAUUUAUCAAAUAUUAAGUAGUUUUUCUCCGGAAAAUAAGACUUUUGCUUUCAAUUUCCCUCUUUUGGCCGACUCCAGCGGCAAAAAAAUCUCUAAAAGCGAAAGCGGCAAGCAGGCGUUAUGGCUAGAUAGCGAACACAAGAGCCAAAUUAACGAGUUAUCAAAAUUGAAUAAUCCUCCUAAAGCCGACUGGGCCCAGUGGAUAGAGCGCUUGUUUGCGGAGCAAGAGGUCGGAGGUUCGAUUCCUCCUAAGCGCGCCAUGUUAUCAACAAUGAAAGAAGAUAAAAACCUUAAUCCAUACUAUCUUAUUAUCGAUAAAGAUACGAACAAUGCCUAUUUUUGUUUCUCUGGUGCCGUCAAAAGCGGUUGGGAGGAUUUAACUAAUAAUUACGAAAGUAUCCAUGAAGUAGAAUUAGAAUUUGAAACUAAUGAACGAGCAAUACAAAAUAAAGAUGGAAGACGUUCGGCAAGGGCAGCACGAAUAAAGACAAUGACAGAACAACCAAUUAGCCCAAAUCCAAAUAAAUCCUGA